CUCCCCACUUCCGCAUUUCGUCCCAUUCUAACUUACACACCUGAGAGUUCGAACUAUCAAGCGAAGCGGGAAGGUUGAAGUCCAUGUUGUGUCAUGCGAGAGUCCAGAUUACCCACAGUGCACCUGACUAUUCCAGCAUGGCCUUCAGCACUGGUCUCAUGAAACUGAUCUUGGUGUCCUUCUGUGCACUGUUUCUGAUUGCUGGCAUUGGUAUAGCCGCCGUUUCAAUAUGGAGUAUAGCAGACAAGAUCUUCCUGUCGCACAUCAUCGGCUCGCAGCUCUUCUCCAUUGCGUCCUACUUCCUGCUUAUCGGCGGUAUUGUGGUGGUUGCCAGCUCCAUUUUGGGACUCAUCGCCAUCACUCAGAAAAACAGGAUCUUGAUCAUUGUGUUUUUCAUCCUCCUCCUCGUCAUUUUCCUCAUGCUCUUUAUCGGAGCUAUCAUGGCCGUGGUGUUCCAAGGGGAGCUUGAAGAUCAGAUGCAGAAUUCCAUGGCUGAAUCACUGCAGCAGAAAUAUGGUGCCAGUGGAACAGAGAAUGUUGCUGCUACUGAAGCGUGGGACAGAUUGCAGAAAGAGUUGCGGUGCUGUGCUGUGCGUGGCUCAGAUUGGGAACUCUACCAGAAUACAAUAUUCUUCAGAGAACAACAGAGCUAUGAACAGAAGAAGUACGUUCCAGAGACCUGCUGUGUCUAUGAUGAAAGAAUAGGAGAUUACACUGACGUGAACAAGUGUCAGAACUUCGGCCUGGGACCACCUGACAAUCCACAAACAGGCAUCAAAAACAGCUUUCUGUAUUAUAAUGGGUGCUAUUCAAGUGCGAAGACGUUUCUUCUAGACCACUCUGGAAUACUUAUGGCCAUUGGCUUUGUCUUCUCCAUUACCAUGAUAUUUGGUUUGGUGUUGACGAUAUUCUAUUUCCGACGUGUGGUUACUGCUCAGAAUGAGGAACGUAAGCACAGAUAUACUGAAGAGGAUGCUGCCAAGGAAGAAAGAGAGAACGAGAGACUGUGAGAGGCAUGCUAGAACAAGAAACUAGCGGCUAUGAGAGACACGGCCUUGACAUUAAGUCACAUGACCUUGACCUAAGUGCCAUAUGACCUUGCACUUCAGAUAUAUUUGUCUUUAACUGAGAGUCAUGACCUUGACUUUGUCAGUUAUACGGAAUUUAUAUCAGUGAAAGGAUUCUAGCCUAACAAGUGCCUUGACCCUCUCAUUUUUAUAGUGUGCAGCCUUGAGAUCUGAUAUCUGACAGUCAUCACAGCAAAAUAAGCUGAUGCAAAACAGAUAUUGUCAGUAUUCCAAACAGAAAUGAUUGUGAACUUGUGAAGGUGAGUUUAACAAUGGUUACUGCCCACAUGAAAAACAAACAGCUAGGUCCCUGGCUAGCAUGUUUAACCAGAAUGUAUAGUCUAGUCUUUUUUUCAGAAAAUAAGAAAUGCAAAAUGAACAUGUUGUAUGACAGAUUUCACUGUUGCACAAGCGUCACUGGAUAUGUAGAUUCUGUCAGUAGUUUAUUGGAAUAUUUUAUAUGUUUUAGAAAAGAAUUUUUUUGCUCAAGUCAACAAUCGAUGUGAUUUCAGCAAUAUACGCAUUUCAUUUUGCUUUUAAGGAAUGUAAAAUGAUUCAAUAUGCAAAUAUUAGUUGAUGUCAUAGUAAAUGCCUUAGCUGCUUAGGCCAGACCAAUUUUAUUUCUUCUUUUACGGAUCCGCCGGUCGGAUAUUUUCAAGAAUAAGAAAAACAAUAAAACUUUGUUUUCU